GAUGAGAAGUAGGAGUGAAUCUAAUGUAAGUCCAUUGGCAAGAGAAAAUCCAUCUUAUUCUGCUAAACGCGCACAAUAUGCCCGAAGAUUCUCAAGAUCACCUGGACCAAAACAUUCUUUGGAACAUCGAGCGGCAAUAAGACGAGCAACACUAUCUUCUAGAAGCGUUAAAUCUGUAUCAGGCUAUGAAAGAUCUCCCCUUAAAAGUAUUCAGAGUGAGGAAGAGGAUAGCGAUGACAGACAAAGGAGAAUUUCUUAUGCGAAUAGAAAAAUGAAUGAUGAAGAUGAUGAUGAUGAUGAUGAUGAUGAUGAAAGUGAUGACGAAAUUCAACGACCAAAUACUAGCCCUUUUUUUAAGGUUGGGCGUCAGUAUAUUCCUCCUGGUUUGGAAUUGCAGGAAGAAGACAAUGAAAAUGAUAGUGAUAUUGAAAAUGAUGUUGAUUUAGAAUUGCUUCAAACUUCCCCGGAGGGUAGAGAAGUUAAGUCGAGGAUUUUGCAAAGAACUAAUCCAAUCAUAUCUAUGUCAGAGUCUGAUUCAGAUAUAGAGGAGAGAAGAGCAGCAGAAAGUAAAUUUAGGAUUGGUAGAGGACCUUUAUCCCAAAGGGAUUUUAUCAGUAAUGAAAGUUCAAUAACCCCUGUAAUAAGUCGAAGUGAUCAUUCUCACAGAAAGUCGACAGCAAACAGUAUCUAUUCUCGUAAAUCAUUUAAUGCUAGAUCAGCAUCUAUCAGCAGCCCUUCGAGGUCACUAAAAGAGACCCUUGUUAAAAGUACUGGCAUAUCGCCAAAAUCCAUGAUAUCGGCACCAUCUAGAGUACGACAAGAGGAAUUGGAGCCCUAUGAGAGACGUGUACCGAAUGCCUUUGCCAGUACCAAUAAUCUUCGCAAAACUAGAUCUGUUUCGGUUGGUGCCAGAACUCCCCCCAAAGCUUCCGUUUCAAGUAGAAAAUCAGAUAUUUUACAUACUCGUCAAAGAAGAUUAUCAAAGAUGUCCGUGCGUUCACAUCCGCUUAGAGAAAGUAUGGGACAUGUGUCAAGGCGAUACUCACCACGUAAAGAAGAUUUCGCAGUUCAAGAUGAAAAUCAACCACCCAUUUACAACGAAAAGUGGGAUGAAAGAGAUCCCAGCAGAAAUAAAACUAAAGAAGUAGAAACAAAUUUUGCAAGCAAUGAAAGUCAAUCAUCUCCUGAAAGUCGUCCUGUUUUUUCUGAAAAACCAAAGGAUAGUUCAAAAAGACUAAGCAGAGUUAGUAGAAAAAGAGCAGAAGCAAUCUCUGAAAUUAGUGAUGAUGAAUCUUCACCGGAAAGUCGUCCCCAUGCAGCUGAAGGUCUUAGACCGGGUUUAACAGGAACUACGAACAGAUUUAUUGAAAAAGAUCAGAUUGAAGAAAAUAGUUCUGAAAGUAGUGAUGAGGAAUAUUCGCCAGCUUAUCAACCAGUAAUUACUGAAAAGAGAAGAAGUAGUAAAAGAGUUUCCAAUAGAUUGAGUAAUAAACCGGAAGAAUUAAACCCAAAAAGUAAUGAUGAACAGUAUACUCUGUCAACCAAAUCUCCAAGUAAGAAUAAGAGAAAGAGUAUUAAAAGAGCUGUCGGUAGAUCGAGUAAUAAAUCUGAGGAAUUAGAUUCCAAAAGUAGUGAUGAAGAAUAUCAACCAGCAAAUAAGUCUACUACAAACAAGAAAAAGAGUGUUAAAAAAGCCACUAAUAGGCAAAGUCAUAAACCGGAACAGAUAGAUUUGAAAAGUAGUGAUGAAGAAUAUUCUCCAACAAACAAUUAUUCAACAAGUAAGAAACGAAAGAGCAUGAAGAGAGCUUCAAGCAAAUUAAGUAACAAACCAGAACAAAUAGACUCAAUCAGCAGCGGAGAGGAUAACUCAGCGGUUAACCAAAGAAGGAGUAUGACAAGAUCCUCAUCUAGGAUAAACAAUAAAUCAGAAGAAGUAUCCUCUAAAAGUCAUGACGAGGAAUCGCUGGAAGACCAAAAUCAGAUAUCAAGUAAGAAAAGAAAAAGGCAACGAACUUCCAGCAAAACUAGUAACAGGGCAGAAAUACACCCUAAAGAUGACGACGAGCAAUCAUCUUCCGAAAGUCAACCUUUUGCUUCUAAUGAUCGUAGACGCAGUUCCCGGAAAUCCAAAGGAGGACUUAGCGCUAAACCUACAGAAAUAGACUCCGAUAACGAUGAUAGUCAGCCUUCUAGCGAGCAGUCACCAGAUUAUGCGAAGAGAAAACGAAGCUCAAUGAGAACUUCAGGUAGCUCUGGCACGAAGCCUAUUGAACCAUCGUCCAAAAGGAGUGAUAAUCAAUCUGAACAUGCAAAUAUUCCUAACCGUUCUGUUAGUGAAAGUGAGCCCUCAGGAACUCAAAAUAUUGUUCAAAGAUUUGAGGUUACGCCAGCCGUCUUGCAAGAACCAUUGCAAGAAACAGAGAAGGAAGUUGAAAAUAGUAUUACAAAUAAGCAUAGACGAAUAAACGUUAUUGAGGAAGAAGAAUCUAAUGAAGGUGGAUCCCCUUUUAGACCUAAACCAAACUUUUUCUCGAGCACACAAAUAGAAGAUGCUUACGGUAUGGAGCUGAAUUUGGCUCUGUCUCCUAUAAUUAAGCAUACACCAAGAAGGGUGAUUACGGAACCUUCCCCUUUAGUUGAUGUCACUCCUAAGGCAAAAGUUAUAUCUUCAAAACCUAUGGAACAUGAUGAUGAAGAAAAUAUUAAAAAGAAUGAUAAAGUACAAAAAAAGAAACAAAAUAGAGACGUUGAAAGUGAAGAUAAAGAAAAGCAGAAUGCAAAUCAAGAAAAUGAAAGCGAAGAUGAGGUAAAGGAAAAAGAAACUCAAGCGAAAGGGGAAGAAGAAAAAGAACAAGAAAAAAGUGAUGAACAAAAGAAAUCAAAGAAAGUUCAAAGAACACUACAGCUUCCUCUCUUUUGGCCGCAAAGUAAAGAUACUGAUGAAACACCUACCUUCCUGAAUACAUCCUCACCUAAAAAUAACGCCAGAUCAAAGAUGUUUCGACGAACGCUUACAGGGAAAAAGCUUAAACAUAGAGACAGUGUAAAAUCCCCUGAGCCAAAGAAAAGAAAACUGGAAAAAAAUCUCUCUUCCACUUCCCUUAAAAACAAGAAACGAUUAUCAGGCAUGAAACAAAGGAAUAAAAGUGAAUCAUUAACACCUGAAAAGAAGACUUUAACUCGACGGGCUCCAAACAAUGGUGCUCUUUAUACACUCUUACCAAGAUCACAAAUUUCAUGGAUCUGUCAGCAGCAUUUAGGAGUUCGUGUGCCUAAGGAAUGCUUAGAAGAGUGUGCUGAUUUUGCCGAAAAAGCUUAUCAGCAGUUACUGAACGAUGUGGAAGACUAUGCUCAGCAUGCUGGUCGAAAGAAAGUUACAGUAGCAGAUCACUUUCUUCUAUUUAAAAGGUUACGGCUAAUCAAUGACCGGGUAUCUAAGCUGGCAUUCUGUCAACAACGAUUAUCAAAAGAAUUAGUUCACGAAGUUCUUUCAACUGAUAAAACGAAGAAUCAGAAAUAAAAGCCAUCAUUUACUCAGAAUUUUAGACUCAGAAAAUUAUAAAUAAUCGAAACGAAAUUGUCUACCUAGAGUGGUUUAACGUGUCAUAAAAUAUGAAUUUGAAAAAACUAUUGACACUCAAGUUUAAGCUUCAAUAUAUGUGAAGGCGCUACUGUUCAGUCUAUGUUGAUCAUUUUAUACUAAGAAUGUACAAAGUUACUUAAUUUUUGACUACCACGUUUUUUAUGAACGAAAUAAAGUUCUGUCUAGUUAA